GCUCUUUUGCUGCAGUCAACACAUCUGAACAACAAUUCUGAAAACAGAAAAAGCCAAACUAAUAUAUAGAAAUGUCUUCCACUGACUCAAAGACAAGAAGAAUUAGCCUUGAAAGGCUAAACAAGAGGAGAAUGAGCCUCCCAGUUCUCUCAACAUCUGAGUCACUGGUCCCAGUCGAAGAAAAGAAGACCAAGAAAGGAGUACACUUUCCUCUAGGAGUGUUAAUGCAGCAAGCAGUCACUAAUGGAGAUCUAAAAGAAAUCAAGCAAUUGGUGAAAGACUUUGGGCCUGAGGCUAUGAAUGAGAAAGAACCCAGUGGCCUUCCUCCAGUCAUGAGAGCCAUUUUCGAAGGGCAGCUCGACUCCCUGCAAAUGCUAAUUAAUGCUGGAGCAGAUGUCUCAGUUCGUGAUCCAGAAGACUGGAACGUACUCCAUGUUGCAGCUGCAAUGGACGAUUACGAAGCAGCCGAGCUGAUAAUCUGCUCUUGCAAAGAUAUUGACACAAUGUUGCACUCAGAGAACAUGGCUGGGGAGAGACCUAUCGAUCUCGCUGAGAACAUUGAAAUGGCAAGGCUACUACUAGAUGCUAACUUAACACGCUUCAGAAGAGAAUUGGAAAAUCAAGUGACCAAAUCAUCCACAACUGAUUCAUCGAUUGAAAGUGAAGAUUCUGUGAUCCAGCUCGUUCAAGACUACUACAGAAAGCACAAUGAAUGUCACUCUUUGAACACUUUCCUAAAGAACAAUACUCCAUAUUGCUCACUACUGCAUCUAGCAGCUACAAAGAACUAUGCAAAAUUAACAGAGCUUGUAUGUGCAUCGCAUCUGAUAUCGACUGAAACUCGAGACAAGAAUGGCUGGACUCCUCUACAUGUGGCCACAUAUUUCAACAACAUCGAAGUGGUCCUAGUACUGAUUGGACACAAAGCGAACACUAAUGCACUCACUAACUCAUUCGAGAAAGCUACAGACCUCAGUCAUCACGAACUUAUUCUGUCAGUAUUGAGCACUCGCACACAUCAUCAUAAUCACAUGAAUUCUCUCAUUGCAACUCUGUAAUAAUUGUUUACUUUUCACCUGUUUGUGUGUUUGUAAUGUGAUUUGAAACGUUUAAAAAUG